AACACGUCUGUAACUUUCCACAAGUGCAGUGUUUAGUGUGUUUUUGUUUUUUGGAAUGCUGUGAUGAGAUGUGAUGAAAUACAUUUGCAUUUGAUCCCAAAAUCUUUCCCGAGAUUGUCUGGUUCCCUGGUGCCCUCCAGGACCGAAGUUGUCCAGCCCUGCUUUAGGGAACCUUAUUUGUUAGAAACAACACGGAUUUGGAAUGCAUGUGGCUGCUAGCAUUAGGCUAUAUGUUUUCCAGUGCUGCAAUGUGAGGUUUGGUGAUAUACUUUUUAAUUAAUGUUUUGUUUCCAAUUAGUUAGAUGACGAUUAUAAUAACUGAUCAUGACAGAUUAUUUCCAUGUUUGUUGUGCAUAGUGCCUUUGAUAUCCAUUAAAAUGCAAUUUUUGCUGUUUUUUUUUUUUUUAAAUGUUGUUGCUGUUACAGUCUGUAUGACCUGUUUGUCUAUGGAUAUCUUUGUCUAUUAGUGUCCAGAAGAAGCUUUCCAAAAAUGAACAUCAACUCGGUUGAAUCGGCGCACCUGUCGACCAGCUGUGGAAAGCUUUUGUGCAUUCAAGGCAGGCAGAGGCCCAAUCAUUCUCAUCAGCUGGUUGCAAAGAAUGAACAGAAAUUGAACCCUGGAAACUCAGUCAAGGUGUAUCAUAUCUUGUAUAAUAGAACCAGACAAUGCAUGGCUUUUGGCUUUGAGGUGGAAAAUAAGUCUGUUUUCCCUGUUGUUACUCAUGGUGAAGCGGUCAAAUUUAAGGCUUUACCCACAGACAAGCUGAUUACGGGAAAGGCCUUUGAUGAAACGUUCUUAUUUCAGUGGGGUGAGCAAGAGAUCUCUGGAGAUUGGAGGAGUCUGGAAUCAGUGGCUAAACCCAAAAAGUACCUGUGUGUUAAAAAUGAGGUCAAAGUGACCAUCACAAAAAAACAGAGUCCGGUUUUUAGAAUCUGUUACUCAGAUGAGAAAAAAGGUGAGGAGUUGCAGAGUCUCUGUGGAUCGGGUAAAAUUCAAGAGACAAAUCCAUACAAAAAGAUCUCCUGGCAAAGACGCAACUUAAAAAGAGGACCUUCAUGCCGCGAGGGAUCGGCAUCCAAUAAACCACUGCACUGCAACGACAGGAAAACCAAGCGGAUGAAGAUGUGAAGAGCUGAAGCGUCUUCACCAACAAAAGGGCUUUGAUCGUUCUGAGAAAACAUGAGCGCGAUUCCUCCGUGGGUCUUUGAGGCAUGGCAUUUUCUCCAUUUAUUUGCAUGCGUUUCACUUUUAUUUGUAUUUCUUUCACUUUUCAGUGAGGUGUGUUCACCAGUGAUGUUGGGCAUAUCUCAAUUUCUAAUGUUUCUGAAAGAAGUCUCUUCUGCUCACCAAGCCUGCACUUAUUUGACUGAAAAACAAAGCGUGCAAAUGUUGGACACUGAUGCACACUCGACAGCUGCAGCUUUGUUUAGUUAGCAGACAGAGCUCAGACUCUCAUGCUGCUGGAUGACAAAACAAUCUUAUGACACUCACACACUGGUCUGGAAAGUAGGCAGCACAAAGUAAAAGUGCAUAUUUUAUAGUAUGUCAUGUGGGACACAAAGAAGAGUCAGUAAAAGUUCAGACAAGCGCGCCCUCUGCUGGUGAAGCUCAUCUGUAACUCAUCUGAACUAUUAAAGGGGUCAUAGGAUGCUACACGCACUUUUACAAGUUGUUUG